AUGCCACCUAAACCUGCAGGAAAACCUAAGUAUAGACUAACGUAUUUCAAUGUGAGAGCUCGUGGUGAACUUUCUCGGCUUCUGUUUAACCAGGCCGGAGUAGACUUUGAGGAUGUCCGCAUUGAGCAGGAUAAGUGGCCAGCUCUGAAGAAAGAGGUGCCUGGUGGCACAUUACCGGUGUUGACCUAUGAUGGGAAACAAUACGGACAAAGUAUGGCUAUUGCAAGAUAUCUAGCUUCAGAAUUUGGUCUGUACGGGAAGACCAACCUAGACCGCCUUAUGAUUGAUGAAAUCCUAUGUGACAUCGUAGACCUGAUAACGAAAAUAGUGGGAACAGUUUUUGAGAAAGACGAAGCGAAAAAGGCUGAACUAACAAAAUCGUUCGAAGAGGAAAUUCUGCCCGCAUAUUUAAAAAAACACGAGGCGAAAAUCGGGAAGUCCGGCUGGCUCGUUGGUGAAUCGAUAACUGCCGCGGAUCUUGGAGUGUUUGACACCCUUGAUGGCAUAACGAAGAGAGGGGGCGACAAAUGUCUGGACGGGUCACCGAAGGUCAAGGCUUUGAUGGAGAAAGUCAGGACACAACCAAGAAUUAAAGCCUACUUGGCGAAGCGACCUGAUUCCCAAAUUUGA